AUGACCUCGGUCACUUCAGCUUCUCCAAUCUUCCCCAUGACGAACGACGGAGACAUAGGAAGAAUCCCUAGGCAGUUGCGGCAGGGACAAACGAGAACUUCGAGGGCGAAUAGUGGCGACGGGGGAAGAGCUAGAGGGUUCGGGACCGACCUUCUCUCUCCUUCGUCAAUGGCGAUCGACCUUCUCGCUCCUUCCUCAACAGCGGUGGGCAGAGCAACAACAAAAGUGGAGAAGAGUUGUUUCGUGAACCAGAUAUUCACAAUUCCGGAUUAUGGUGAUGGAGCAAAGUGUUAUAAAAAUCUGAUCUGA